UCUGCUUUAUCGUUCUCCAACCACUCGAAGAGGAGAGAGAGACGACGAAGAAGGAAGCACACACGAGCAAAAUCAAUCUCACUCACUCACUCUCUCUCUAUCGCUCCGCCGCGCCACCAUCACUGAGAUGCGGCGGUGUAAAACUGAGAAAUUAUUCUGUGUUGUUGAAACGAUGAGGUUUCUGGCGUUUCUUCUGAUCUGCAGUUUCGCUCUUGCUCUUUCCGCCGACUCCGAUAAUAUCGGGACUGACUCAGUUACCACUCGGGAGAUCAACGUAACCUCCGCUGAGUCAAAUGCGACGAGCGCGAAACCAAAGGAGGACAGUUUCGCGGAUAUGAUCGAUCGUGCGCUUGAGAAGGAGUUUCCUGAGAAUGACCAGAAUGAUGUUCCUGAUCCAGGAAGCUUCAAUAAUAGUGUUGCUGAUCAGCAGGCUGUUCUCGAGACUGUUGCUCGAGUUAAGCCCAAGAAAAAUGAGACCAAGACCAAAGAGGAGAAAUCAUUCUUUAAUUUGGAUAACGAGAAUGGCGUCGAAGAUACUCCAAGACUGAUUGAUAGGAAGGACAACGUUUUUAUCAUGUCCAAUCCAAAAUCCAAGUACCCUGUACUGCAGCUUGAUUUAAGGUUGAUAUCAGAUCUGGUUGUCGUCAUUGUUUCUGCUACUUGUGGUGGAAUUGCCUUUGCUUGUGCUGGUCAACCGGUCAUUACUGGGUAUCUAUUGGCUGGGUCUGUCAUUGGACCGGGUGGGUUAAGCUUUGUUAGUGAAAUGGUGCAGGUUGAAACAGUAGCUCAAUUUGGUGUUAUCUUUCUCCUUUUUGCUUUAGGAUUAGAAUUUUCUGCAGCAAAGCUUCGUGUAGUUCGUGCAGUAGCUAUUCCAGGAGGUCUUCUUCAGAUAUUUUUAUUCAUGUGCUUGAGUGGGAUAACAGCCUCGUUAUGUGGCGGUAAACUAACAGAAGGAAUAUUCGUUGGUGCAUUUCUUUCGAUGUCAUCAACAGCUGUGGUUUUGAAAUUUUUAAUGGAAAAAAAUAGCAUAAGUGCUCUUCAUGGUCAGAUUACCGUUGGGACUCUAAUCCUUCAGGAUUGUGCUGUGGGUUUACUUUUUGCUCUCCUUCCGGUUCUUGGUGGCACUUCUGGUGUCCUUCAAGGAAUGUUGUCCAUGGCUAAAUCGUUGGCUAUUUUGAUUGCGUUUCUGGCUGCUUUGUUUGUAUUGUCACGUACCUGGGUACCUUGGUUUCUAAAACUUAUGACAAGCCUUUCUUCUCAGACUAACGAGCUCUACCAGUUGGCAGCUGUAGCAUUUUGCUUGCUUGUCGCUUGGUGUAGUGACAAGCUCGGUUUAAGUCUUGAGUUGGGUUCCUUUGCGGCGGGAGUGAUGAUCUCAACAACUGAUCUUGCUCAGCACACUCUUGAACAAGUGGAACCCAUCCGCAAUUUUUUUGCAGCACUAUUCCUUGCUAGUAUUGGAAUGUUGAUACAUAUGCACUUCUUGUGGAACCAUGUUGACAUCUUGGUAGCAGCAGUGUUACUGGUGAUAGUGAUAAAGACCGUGGUAGUUGCAAUUGUUGUUAAAGUCUUUGGAUACAAUAACAGAACUGCAGUACUGGUUGGAAUGUCACUUGCGCAGAUUGGGGAAUUUGCUUUUGUUCUGCUAAGUCGAGCAUCAAAUCUUCACCUAAUUGAGAGCAAACUGUACCUCCUGCUCCUGGGAACAACUGCUUUAAGCUUGGUAACGACACCAUUUCUAUUCAAAUUGAUACCGGCCGUUGUACAUUUAGGAGUGCUCUUACGGUGGUUCUCUCCAGAUAACUCAACUGAGAUUGGUUUGAAAGGAGAUUUGUAUCAUUUGGAGAGUGCAAAGCGUAUAUCACUAAUGAUCCAAGGUUCUCUUCACGAUUCUUGAUGAUGUUUCUCAGUACUACAUCAAAGCCACAUUUGAUCACAAGAGGCUAUAAGGCAAAAGGCAAAUGAAUGAGUGAGAACACUCGAUUGUGUUCCAGGAUGUAUAGAUGUUUCGCGAGAUCAGGAGAAAACCAAAGUGGAAACUGUAUAAAAUGAAUCUCUUACACGAAGACUUGUAACUUUGCUUCAUUUUUCUUUUAAUGUUUUGUGAUUCUUUUUUUUUUUUGGGUAAAAAAGGUAGGAAAUUCUAUU